ACACAACAACGAGGCUGCCUAACUACUGCAGCAGCACAUUACGAGUGGCGUAUUCCUGUUCUGGCCAGCAUCAGAGACAGUCUACACAGACAGCUGUCAGCAGCAUAUGAGACAUACCGCAUUUUCUCGCAUAUAACCGCACCAAAAAUUGGAAAAAAUUUCUUAAAAAGUGGGGGUGUGGGUUAUCUGAAGAUUUGCGAAGGGAGGGGGUGGGGGUCAGCUUCACGGCAACGCGCGGCCUGCCGUGCAGAGUCCGUGUUGUCCGCAUGCCUAUCGACAUCGACGUGUGUCUGCGCGUCUGCCCGUCUAGUUUCUCUGCCCAUCUCGUUUCUCUUGCGACAUCGACAUCCACAUCCAUAGUCUGGUUAGAUGCUUUUCUCAUAAGUAAGGUGCCGUUUCUUGUAAGUCCAGUUUGCACAGUUGGCCAGCCUUGUUUAGGCAUCACAAGUGUGUCUCCGCGGCAGUCUUUCACAGUGAAAGAGAAACUCAAGAUCGUAGCCGCUGCUGAAGAAAUCGGCAACAGAGCUGCUGUGAGAUGGUUCUGAAGACGAUUACGUCUUUGAGAGCGGUGAUGAAGCCUCGGAUGGCAGCACUGACAACGUUGCGGCAGUCGUUUUGAAAUAAAUUUGUUUUGAAAACGAAAUGAUGACUGCGCAUAGUUGUAACUUCCUAGUCCAAAUUUUUUUCGGAUACGUGUGCGGGUUUUAUGCGAGGUUAUUUUUUUCUUUUUCGUGGAGUUUAAAGUUAGGGGUGCUGGUUAUAUGCAAGGGCGGGUUAUACGCGCAAAAAUACAGUAUUACCCCGUGUCACCUCAAACACUGCUGAAACGCAGGCACCUCGUCCCGCUGCCCGUCUCGUUUCUCUCCCCACUUCGCACGAGGAAUCGGCUAACAAGCAACAGACACCGCCAUCUGCUAUGCUGGCCACCGGGACGCCGCAUUUUGAAGUACCUCCUCUCCUACUGGGACACCACACGAGGGACUCGAGCCGCUCGAGCAGUUGACACGGACGCGAGACGAAGAGACUCGGAACGAGAAUGACGCGUGAAAAACGGCUCUGUGUUUUUAUCCUGUAUUGCGAUCUUUUUCUUUAAUCAAGCUCUUGCAUUAAACCAGUUAACACCCCUGUAUUGUGAGUGCAGAUAUGGCACAGCCGACAUCAGGAUCGCAUCAGGAUGAACCACAAGACGCAACAACGCCACGCCGAACUUCGUCCUCGGAAUUGAAGGCCGCCAUCGUUGAUGGCUUGCUCACGUCACUAGAAAGCAACGCUGUCGCCUCCGCCACGAAGAAACCGACGAGCUGAGGGUCCGCGGACUGCCGUGCUCUGGUCGUAAGGACGACUUCAUCAAACGGCUCAUCCAAGACAACGCGAGUGUCGAGCCAUCGGGCCGAUGGACACGCCCAUGCCAAACCAGGCUGCCGACUACGACAACAAGCAGGCCAGCUGAGUCCAGCUGGCCUGCUGAGUCGUAUGACUGCGAGCGACAUCCUCGAGGUUCUGAAAGACACGAGCCUCCACGUCAGAAUGCCGACAGAACACGUUACAAGUUCCCGCCACGAAGUUCCCACUGACGCCACGAGGACAACGGGUUCGACGCAGUCACUGACGCCGAACAGUCCCGCCAGUCAAGACGUGGAACAUCACGACGCCACGAAUGUUCCGACGCAGUGCUCCCUCAACGCAGAGCCAUCCAUGGCUCAGAUCCUUGCCGCGCUCAUCAACACGCAAGUCCAGCUCGCGAACGCACUGGCUAGAGGCCCGCCAACAACGAACCCGAUCCACAUGCACUCACUCCACGAGCGACACUUCGCCUGCAAUUCCAACUUAAGAUGGGGCACCCCAAGAAAGUGCUCAGCGAUGGAUUGCGCAAGUGGAGCGGAUGGCGACGCUCGCUCAGUGGUCUUCUUCGCUCACGCUGGCGAGCGCAGCGAACCGACUGACGGGAUCAGCCAGGGACUGGGUAUAGCGCUUACGGCUCGCGCUACGAGACCUGGGAGGAGUGGAAGCACGCUCUCACACACGGUUCAAGCAGAGGCUCAUGAUGCAGGAGUUUCUCAAGCUGCAGUCAUAACGGCGCCUCCAGAACAAGGCCAUCAUCGAGUACAUGUACUCGAAAAACGCCAUACUCGACAAGGCGCCGUACUGAUGCCGCUGAGAAUCUCGCCGAUUCUCAGCGGCAUCAACGAUAACACCUGGGCCAAUCCACUACCAGCACAGCUCUGUGGGAGCGUGACCGAGCUCAUCGACCGAGCAGCUCUCCUCGACGCAAGGCGCCAAUUGAACGUUCGUGCCCAAAACAAGAGAGGAAGACCACCACCUUCAGAGGCCUACCGUGAGCAAAGGUCAGAUGAGCGCUGUCGAUCAGCCAACGACCCUACAACACCUGUACCGAUGCAAGACACGCGGAGAAACGACACGAGACCUCCGCGCCCACGAACCAACUACGCCCGAUCGUGCUUCAAUUGCAGUGACAUUGGGCAUCUGUCCCAUGACUGUGACAAACUAAAAACUCCGGUGACGAUCCUGGCAAAUGAGACGCGAGCCACGAGGGAAAGCAAGAACAGCGGAACGAGGUCAACGUCAAGGCAAGCAAACUGUUUCUUGUGUUCGAGCGGCGGCACUCUCCCGAUCGUGACUGGCUAUAUCAAAAGUCUGCGUAUGCAUAGACAGUGGUGCCAAUGUGUAUCAUUAGAGCAAGUAUCAUCAACUUGUUUACCUGUACCCAACGAGAUAUACGUUCCAUAUGCAAUUCAUAUGUAAAAAAAAUGUACCAUUGAGUAAUCUUUGGAUAUCGCUAGGCUUAAAAUAGGAGGCUUUCUUUGUUCUAUUUAUAGUGUGUCUAUUAUUCCUUGUCAUUGGUGCUGUUAUUUGAUGCAUGUUAUUUGAUGAUUGUCUUAAAUAUGUGUAAUCACGCUUCUGAUGAAGUAAUUUGGUUUGAGCACAUAUAAGUGCAGAUAAGAUUUUGUUUGGUCUUAUGUUUUUGCUAUAUUGUUACUUUUUCAUUUUUUUUAAACAUGAAGCUGUCAUGUCUGCGAUGAGAUUGCCUGUCGCUGCUGCUUUGUAUUCGGGGCUACGGCCAAGUCAAGCUGUUUAGGACAGCUUUUUCUGCAGCUCCCCUGUCUGUAUUUCUUGAAGCAGAAAUAAAUUAUUAUUAAUAUUAUUAAGUGCGUUGAGCGACGACAUCCCCACGCACACCUGGAUCUCGUGCGAGGAGAUACAAGUUCUCAACCGCAACGUACGCCCGACGCGCUCAGUAACGCUGGACGUUGCUGUGGGCACAACGAAGGUUUGUCUCGGAGGUGUCGUCAUCACGGAGCUACCAAGUGCAAUAGGCUUGAUCCUUGGCUCAGAUUGGCGACGUUGACGUAACGUUUCACACGACGAACGACGUCACAAUUGUCCCAGUCGAGCCUGCCGAGAAAACGUCAUCGCCCGAGGCGUUGCUCACGAAAUGGAGCACGGGACAAUGAAAGAGAGAGGCGCCAAUUGCCUCGUUCUGCCAACAGGCAAAUGAGGCGAGGCGCGCUCCCAAGACGACGGUUUCCUGCGCCUAAAUACAAAGUGCUCCACACCCGACGACGGAUUCACCCAGUGACACAGAGAGAGAUCAGCUCCGCGCCGUUCUACUGAAGCACCACCAAGCAUUCACCUCGAAAGAUGACACUCUGGGCAUGUGUCCGCACUCGCAGCACAGCAUCGAGCUAAGAGACGAAAUACCCGUGACAUCGAGGCUGUACAGGUGCUCACCCGCUGAUCGCGCAUUCAUACGAGAGCAAGUUCAUGAUUAUCUUGCCAAUGGAAUAAUAAGACCGAGCGAAAGCGAAUACGGUGCUCUAACGAUCGUCGUCGACCAACCGCAUCAUCCUACAACACCACGAAGAAUGGUUCACGACUACCGCAAACUCAACGAAAAGACCAUCAACCCGUCGUACCCAAUGCCUAUCAUGGAGGACAUAAUCGAUGACGUCAUGCGGGAAGGAUCCAUCUACUUCACAGUUUUGGAUGUAAAGACAGCCUUUCUCACGAUACGGAUGAGGCCGGAGGAUAUCCACAAGACUGCGUUCGUCACUCUAGACAGGAAAUACGAAUAGCUUUCGGCUUCUGCAAGGCUCCUCAAACGAUGCAAAGAGUCAUGCAUCACACGUUUCAUGGGCUACCUAGGACAUCCACGUAUAUGGACGAUGUUGGCCAUGGAGCAGCUACAUUGACGGAAGAUCUCAGUUUGCUUGACGAGGCACUUAGAAGAGUUGUCGCCCCCCCAUGAUGACACGUGUGCCUGAGGACAGGCGUAAUUUGCUGGGGAGCCGUGUCAGCAGCAUAUGUGACAUAUUACCCUGCGUCACUUCAAACGCUGCUGAAACGCAGGCACUUCGUCCUACUGCUCCGCUCGUUUCUCUCCCCACUUCGCACGAGGAAUCGGCUAACAAGCAGCAGACGCCGCCACCUGCUGUGCCGCCCACCAAAACGCCGCAUUUCUAAGCGUCUCCUCUCCUACUGGGACACAACAGGAGGGACUCAAGCCGCUCGAACAAGAACAAUGCGUGAAAAACGGAUCUGUGUCUAUAUCUUGCACAGUCGAGCCCGACUAUAUCGAACCCGUUUAUAUCAAAUUAUCCCGUAUAUUGAACAAUUUCUAAACACGGUAAAUUUACAUUGAGAAUAUAUAGCAAAAGUUACUGUUACAUAGAACGAAAAUAGCAACGACAACUGAUAUACCAAACUCCAUGUGCCUCAAAAGUGCCCCAGCAAGUUGGCUUUCCCUCACGGUGGCGGGAAAAAUUGCCGGCGCCACCCUAGAAAAAGUGGUUUAGAUUCGGCUGUGCACGGGCGAACACCCCCCUGCAAAAAAUGAUCCUGGCCUGCUCGCAGCGCUUACAGCCAAUCAGAGGCCGUCGUGCUUUCUGAGAGGCGCGGAGGCGGUACAAGUGAGCGCCAUUUUUUCUUUCUUUAUGCUUGUGUGCCUGCUGCUGCCUCUUUUCUUCGAGUCCUCAUUCAGCGUGGUCAACAUUCAACGAGUUCGUCAGUGCGGACGAUGAUGUCACCAUCAUGGGCCAGCUACAAGAUGAGGACUACGUUGCAGACGUCGUGCCGACCACUAGCCAAAGCGACAGCAAUAAGGA